CCUGCAAGCCAAUUUCCUUCCAUCCACCCCCCUAUCUGUUCUUUUGUCUAUUAGGGGGAUUCUAGCGGAGCGGCCUUUUGUGUCCAGUUUACUCGGUCUUCCAACAAUUACAUAUCUCAGAACGAAAUAAUGGCUCGGGCUACAAGGAGCUCCGGUGUUAUAUAUGACCAUUUUGACCCUGGUCCGGAACCUACAUUGGAGGAAUAUUCCCAAGAUACAGACGUGGAGAUGACCGUAGAAGAGGAUGCACAAGACACUGGUGAGGGAGAUGUUAUGGAACACGAUCCUAUCAGCAACAUUGAAGAGAAUCGAAUCAUCGUUGCUAUUGAUUUCGGGACGACAUUUUCUUCUGUUGCGUAUGCCGUACUACCAUGGGGUAUGCCGGCUGAAAGAGUUGAUAUACAAAUGGUGAACUGCAUCGGUAACUACCCAGGCUAUGAGCCUCCUUCUGGGGUACCGGAUGUAAGACAGGAUGUUCCCACUGAGUUGUGGUACGAUGACGGCCUCCUAGGGGCCCAAAAAGGUCACUACAACAACGCAGCCGAUGAAUAUCGGCCUGCAGACAGUGAUGACGAAGAUCCCUCUAGCAGUGACAACGAUAAUUCGGAAAGCGGGCAAUCGCAGUUCGAAGAUGACGGCGGGUUAGAAGCAAAUGCAGAGAACCAACAUAAAAAGGCUCGCACCACUGCAGCUACACAAUACUGGGGCUUUGGCGUACAGAAAAGGCUUAGCAUGACGGAUAUCCCUAGAGACGACGCGCGUCCACUACGAAGAUUCAAGCUCAAUCUUGACCGGAAGGAGGAGACCGAAGACGUUCGCACUGAUCUCAGGAUGAUUUUAAAAUCUUUAACUAGGCGGAAGAUUAUCAAGAGCCCCACGGACAUAUACGCUCAUUAUCUCACUCAUUUGUUAAGACACACCAAAGAGCAAUUGCUUCUCUCCAAUGAGCUCAAACCGGAAAUGUUCGUCCAAUUUGUACUGUGUGUACCCGCCAAAUGGCCGAUGAAUGCUUGCCGAAUCAUGCAGAACGCGCUCGAAGAAGCGGUGCAAGAAUCUGGAUUGGCCGAGAGAGCCAACUGCAGUCUCCAUGACCUUUUUCUGAUAUCAGAGCCCGAGGCCGCAGCGGAAUGCAUUCUCGCCGAAGCAAGGAGUGAGCUUUAUCGUGCUGAAACGGUAGUCAUUGUUGACGCUGGAGGCGGAACUGUCGACGCCGUGACGUACCAAUGCGACAACGACGAGCCCUUGCGUUUGUCUGCUGAGGUUGUUGCCCCGUGUAGCAAGCUAUGCGGUGCAAGCUACAUUAAUGAACGACUUGAGCAGAAGCUCCUCCAGAAGCUCGCUAAGGAGACAUAUCUGGUCAAAAACGGAAAAACGUUGAAGAGUAUCGUGCAGGCCAAAACCACUGCCUUUGAAGACUGUCAGAAACGGACUUUUGACACCAACAACCGGAAGGGACAAUUAGUCUCGAUUUACAUCGAUGAUCUAAGAGAGAAUCCCCACAAAGACUUCUAUCAAAAUCGUAUAAUACUUAAACACAGUACCGUGAGGCGCCUUUUCAAGGAUUCGCUGGAAGGUGUGACAGACGUACUCGAUAAUCAACUGGAGCUAGCUGAAAGCCUAGGACAUCGGGUUAGUAAGGUUAUCGUCACUGGUGGCUUUGGGCAAUCUCCAUCCCUGCAGAGCCACCUGAAACCUUAUCUGGAGGGACGAAUGAUGGUCACAAAUCGGCGAAUGGAUCUAAUUGUUCCAAACAACCCGUCUACAGCAGUAGCGAGGGGUGCGGUUCUCAGGGCACUCAACAAGAGAUUUGGACCCAGCCGCAUUACUCAGUGCAGUUAUGGGUUUUUGAUCAGUGAGCCAUACGAGCCGGAGACUUUCAAGGAACAUAGAGAAACAAAAUGUCGCAUCAAUAAGGCUGAUGGCGAGAGAUAUGUCGAUGAGACUAUCAAAUGGGUAAUCCAGGCGGGAGAGAGAGUGGAAAACAGGCAAGUCUUUACUUCCAACGUCAAGCAUACUUUCCCCAUCACUAGGAAAAGGCUUGAGUGUAAAGAGCAACUAUGGAUGUCUGAUCAUCGACACCCGCUUCACUAUAGGAAAGGCCAUCCAUUGAAUAAAGGAGCCGAACAGGUUGGGUCAAUCGUUGCAGAUUUGACCUUCCUAAAGGACGAGGGUCUCAUUGAGCCACAACUUCCAUCUUUUUUCAGCACUCAUUCCAGCUCACAGAAACACUGGGAGGCGUACUACGAAGUGGCCAUGAUUGUUGAAGCACGAAGUAUGCGCUUCGAAGCGCGGUGGCCAGUGCCGGAAGAUUUGAGAGAGGGACAGAAACAGCGGGUGCUGGCAAUGAAACUAGUUGGCAUUGCAGCAGCAUUUCCGCCUGGUACCGCGUAAAGGGGGAAGAGGCUAGAUAGAGGUGGCCUAGGAUGCAUUGCUCAGAAGUUCUUUUUCUUGCACAUAUUGAUAGCUUGACACCACAGUAAUCAGUCAAAGAUCGCAAACUUUGGGGUUUUAUGAUACCGAAGAGGCCUUGUAUAUUAGUUCUCGUACUCGCGAAUGUCACUCUCG